UCCAGUCGCUGGUGCUGCUGGAGGUGGACGAGUCUGAGUGAGAAGGGGGGCGAGUGGCCACGGCUGUCCCUUAUACUCUUUGCUAUGGCGUUGCCGGUGUCGCGCCGCGCCCCUGUCACUAGAGGGAUGGAGAAUGCUGUGAUUGAUCUUAAAAGUAAAGCCAAAACUCGCCUUGCUGGUAAAAGGGCUGCUUUGGAAGAAAUAGGAAAUAAAGUUGUGACACGAGGAACCCAUGCGACUAAGAAAACAGAAUGCUGCAAAGCAUCCACAAAACCUGCAAAAGGCCCCAGUAAGAUCGUAAAUGCAACUGCACUGCCUAAACCUCCAGCUGCUGCAAAUCAAACAUUGAAAGAAAAUGGUAUUCCAAAGGUUCUGUCUCCUGUCCCUAUGGAUGUGUCUAUGGAAGAGAAGGAUUUGUGCCAAGCCUUUUCUGAUGUGUUGCUCAACAAUGUAGAAGACAUUGAUGCUGAUGACUGGGGGAAUCCUCAACUGUGUAGUGACUACGUAAAAGAUAUCUAUCUGUAUCUGAGAGAGCUUGAGCUGCAGCAAUCAGUCCACCCACAUUACCUUGAUGGGAAGACGAUCAAUGGACGUAUGCGCGCAAUUUUAGUUGACUGGCUUGUCCAGGUCCACUCAAGAUUCCAGCUCUUGCAGGAAACACUGUAUAUGUGUGUGGCAAUUAUGGAUCGCUUCUUACAAAGUCAUGCAGUAUCUCGCAAGAGGCUUCAGCUGGUGGGUGUAACAGCACUGCUUCUAGCUUCAAAAUACGAGGAGAUGUACUCUCCUGACAUAGCAGACUUUGUUUACAUUACUGAUAAUGCCUACACCAGUGAUGAAGUUAGAGAAAUGGAGAUUACAAUUCUUAAAGAGUUAAACUUUGAAUUGGGACGACCUCUUCCAAUUCACUUCUUAAGAAGAGCAUCAAAAGCUGGGAAGGCUGAUGCGAAGCAACAUACACUAGCAAAAUACCUGAUGGAGCUGACACUGAUAGACUACGACAUGGUUCAUCAUCGUCCUUCAGAGAUUGCAGCUGCUGCGUUAUGCUUGUCCCAAAAGAUUCUGGGACAUGAAAAAUGGGGUACGAAGCACCAGUACUACACUGGGUAUACAGAAGACAGCCUUGUGAUGACGAUGAAACAUAUGGCCAAGAACGUGGUCAAAGUAAAUGAGACAUUAACCAAAUACAUUGCUAUAAAGAACAAGUAUGCGAGUAGAGAACUACUGAUGAUCAGCACAAUUCCUCAGCUGAGUGGCGCGAUUAUCAAGGACCUGGCUUUAUCACUCUCAGGAUAACCCUAGGCAGCCACAUCCUGGUGGUAUAUGCACUUUGUCCUUAUUCGCCUGUUGAGGCAAAACUACUGUUCUUUUUAGGAUUCCAGCAUUACCACAGACAUUUCAGACUCGGAAGGUGAAAUUUUAAAUGUGCUUUGUAACACGACUCGAUCUAGAAAUAAAGCUCCUCUCUUUUAAAAAAAAACCCAAGCAACAAAAACCAGCUACUUUGCCAAUUAAUGUUUAAGGCAUUGUCUAGACGUGUGUGCAGUCUCGUGUCUUGAGCAGGACAUUUGACUAAAUAGGUGAUUGAUACAA